UAAGAUCAAAAAUAAGCAGUCGGUGCUAAUACCGACUUAGUGGUGGUCGUGUCUGACAGUUAUAAGUGGUUUGUGAUGAGAUAACGUCAAUAUAUUAUUCAAAACAAACAUGGGUGUCGUGGAAGGUGAAAGUUUACGGCCGAAGGGCCUCGGGGUCCGCCAUGCACAGACCUUCCUCCUUUUCAUGGCCAUGCUGUUGGCGUUCUGCAUGCGCGUCAACAUAAGCAUGGCCAUCGUUGACAUGACCAAUGAAAAGAAUGAAACGUAUUUCGACUGGAGCUACAGCAUCCAGUCCAUGAUCCUGUCUUCCUUCUUCUGGGGCUACGUUAUCCUGCAGAUACCUGGUGGUGUCCUGGCUAGGAAGUUUGGGGGAAAAGUGCUCAUCACCAUCUCCGUUGGGGUUAACUCUUUGCUGUCUUUGUUGAUGCCAUUUUUGGCUAAACUGGGAGGUUGGCAAUUAGUGAUCGUUUGUAGAACUCUUCAAGGUCUGACCCAGGCUUUCGUUUACCCUUCCAUGCACCAUUUAGUAAGCCAGUGGGUUCCACUAGAGGAAAAGGGCACACUAACCACUAUUAUUUAUGCUGGUGCUCAGCUCGGAAUUGCCCUGCAACUUAUAGCCUCUGGUUUCCUGGCUGAAGCAUGGGGUUGGCAGGCCAUCUUCUACGCGACCGGCAGUUUGGGGAUGGUGUGGACAGUGGUGUACAUCUUCAUUGGUGGUGCUUGUCCAGAGGACUCGAAACUGAUAUCACAAGAGGAGUUACUGUAUAUACGGACGUCGUUGGGAAGAGUUGGUGAACCAAAGCGCUACAAGACUCCUUGGUCUAAAAUCAUCUUCUGCCUUCCAUUUUGGGCGGCAGUGGUCGGACACUGCGGUCAGAAUUGGGGCUUCUUUACCCUGAUGACUGAAAUGCCUACAUAUAUGGCUAAAGUACUUAAUGUUAAUUUAACUAAGAACGGAGUGUUGUCAUCAUUACCAUAUUUGGCGAUGUACGCUCUCAGCUUCCCCAUGGGAAUUAUGACAGAUUUAAUCGUCAAAAAGGGUUGGCUUAGUAUGUCGAAUACCAGGAAAUUGUCCAAUUCUAUAGGUCUAUGGGGUCCAGCCGUAGCUCUAAUAGGUCUAUCUUACAUACCUGAAGGAAACAUGGUCCUCGCGGUUAUAAUGCUGACAAUUACAGUUGGCAUAAAUGCUGGCCAAUACACUGGGUACAUGCUAGUGUUCAUCGACCUGGCACCAAACUUCGUAGCAAAUCUUAUGGGCAUAUCGAAUUUCGUGGCAAACAUCGUAUCUAUUAUUGCACCUUUAGUGUGCGGAUUUAUUAUCAAAGAUGAGUCGGACCCCGCUGAGUGGCGCAAAGUUUUCUUCCUGGCGUCAGCUGUGUAUUUCUUUACCAAUUUAUUCUUCAUUCUGUUCACGACGUCAGAUAGACGGCCCUGGAAUGACCCUGAAGAUGAAGAUAUUGAUGGUCUAGGUCUACGGCAUUUACAGACAUUCCUCAUGUUCCUCGCCAUGCUGUUAGCGUAUAGCAUGAGAGUCAACUUGAGCAUGGCGAUAGUCGACAUGACUAAUAGAGAGAAUGAACAUUACUUUGACUGGAGCUACAGCGUCCAGUCCCUGGUGCUAUCCUCCUUCUUCUGGGGCUAUGUGGUGCUGCAGAUCCCGGCUGGUGUCCUCGCGAGGCGCGUGGGCGGGAAGGUGCUGAUCACCAUCGCGAUAGCUGUCAACUCUUUGAUCUCAUUGCUAAUGCCGUUUUUGGCUAAUAUUGGAGGAUGGAAAGUGGUUUGUGCGUGUCGAGUGUUACAGGGCAUGACGCAAGGCUUCGUAUUCCCUUCUACGCAUUAUUUAAUUAGUCAAUGGAUUCCACUUGAGGAGAAGGGUAUUUUAACUACUAUUGUUUAUGCAGGUGGACAGCUAGGCAUCGCUCUACAAUUAACAGCUGCAGGCUUCCUAGCAGCAGCUUGGGGGUGGCAAGCGAUAUUCUACGCAAAUGGAAUCCUGGGUCUUGCCUGGGUCGUAUCUUACUUGAUAUUCGGUUCCUCAUCACCAGAACAAUCGAAGCUGAUAUCAAAAGCCGAAUUUAAGUAUAUUCAGACCUCUUUGGGACGAGUUGGUGAACAAAAGAUGAAGCACUCGCCUCCAUGGAAGAAGAUAUUUACUUGUGUACCUUAUUGGGCUGGUAUUAUCGCUCAUGGUGGUCAGAAUUGGGGAUUUUUCACACUCAUGACAGAAAUGCCGACAUAUAUGGCUAAAGUAUUGAAUGUAAAGUUAACUCAGAACGGUCUAUUAUCAUCACUACCAUAUUUAGCCAUGUGGCUGCUCAGUUUUCCACUGGGUAUGAUGACAGACUUCCUCAUACGACGGGAAUGGCUUAGCAUUUCUAAUACUAGAAAGCUUUUAAAUUCGAUUGGUCUUUGGGGACCAGCGUUAGCGCUCAUUGGAUUGUCUUACAUACCGCAGGGCAGCAUGGGUUUGGCUGUUAUAAUGUUAACCCUAACAGUAGCUAUGAAUGCUGGCCAGUAUACUGGGUAUCCUCUAAUCUUCAUAGAUUUGGCACCAAACUUCAGCUCUCUGCUAAUGGGCAUAUCUAACUCGUUGGCGGGAACUAUAUCUAUUAUUGCACCAAUUGUUUGUGGUAUUAUAGUAAAGUAUGAGACGGACCCAGGUGAAUGGCGAAAGGUAUUCUUCUUGGCUUCAGCUAUUUACUUUGUUUCCAAUUUAAUCUUCGUGCUGUUUACAACAUCAGAUCGACAGUCUUGGAAUGAACCCGAGGAAGACAAUGAAACAAAAGACAUGGAGCUGCAACCAGCAAAUGACAAGAAUAACACUGCCUCAAAAUUGUGAUAGAAACAUUCUUGUAUGCUGUAUUUGAUUUUAGUAUAAUUCCUGUAAAUAAAUACCUAGUCAUAAGUUUAAUUGUUUUUGUUCAAUACAUUUUUUACUAUUAAA